CACUUUAUGAAAAGCUCACGCACGUCGAGCUCUCUCGGUCUUCUGUUCCUCCCGACCGAGUCACCCCAUUUUCCUCUCUCUUUACUCUUUUCACCCAACAGAAAGGAAGGACACAGCUCAUCGACGGCGAGCCUCACAUCCGCUUUCUCCGACCACCACGAGGUGAUUUUAUCAUCUCCCUCCUCCGCCCUCUCUCUAUCCCUUUUUAAUCUCUGAAUUCAUAUUACGAAUAGAACCAGUGAUUCGGAUCCAAACCCACACACAAAAUAGAUCCGAUCGGAUCCGGAUCUCGCACCCCUCAUGCCUCGCAAACCCAAUAUCCUAGGGUUUCUCUUCAGCCUCUUCUUCCUCACAUUCUGCAAUGCCGAUCCGGGUUCCAAUUGCCCCAAGACCAGCCCUCUCGUCAACUCCGAGUCCGAAUUCAAAAUGGUACAGCACCAGCUCCGAGGCUCAAUUAAGAUAAUCGACGAUUGCUCCUUCAAAGUCUCCGAUUUCGACAUGCUCCCCGGCUCCGACGUCCACUGGUGGGGCGCCGCCGCUCCCGAUUUCACCAACCUCAGCGCCGGCUUCGUAGUCUCCGAUCAGAAACUCAACGAGACCUACAAAAGCGCGAGCUUUACUGUACGUUUGAGGGACAAUGUCACCUGGGAUCGGAUCCAGGUCCUCGCCGUGUGGGACCGCCCCACCGCCUCCGACUUCGGACACGUGAUUCUCGGCGAUUUCAGAAGCGGGUCGUCCGACCCGGCUCCUUCACCGUCGCCGUCGAGCGCAACCGGUUCGGGGAACGGGACGGGUCGGGUCCACACCGAGCCGACUAUGUUGGAGAACUGUAAGGUAUUGUCGAAGAACUAUAGGGUUAGAUGGACAUUGAAUUCUGAUGAGAAUAUAAUUGAUAUUGGGUUGGAGGCCGCCACCGGGACUAUGAAUUACAUGGCUUUCGGGUGGUCCAGCCCGAACUCGACUUCGGAGCUCAUGCUCGGAGCCGAUGUCGCCGUCACCGGGUUUAAAGAGGACGGCCUGCCGUUUGUGAAUGAUUUUUACAUCACAAAGUACAGCGAGUGUACUUUGUACAAGGAUGGUGAGGUGAAAGGGGUUUGCCCGGAUACGAGAUACGAAGGGCCCGGCCAGAAUAGCGAGGUUAACAAUACCAAAUUGGUUUAUGGGCAGAGGAGGGACGCCGUGUCGUUCAUUAGGUACCAGAGGCCGUUGAUAUCAGACGACAAGAAGUACGAUUUGCCGGUGAACCAUACAGAGAAAAUGACGGUGAUUUGGGCGUUGGGGCCAAUAAGGCCUCCGGAUCUUCUUCAGCCUCACUAUCUUCCUCAAAACCAUGGGGGGCCAAGGCUUGUGGUUUUUGGACAUUUGGUGCUGAAUGUUUCUGAGCAUGUGAAUGACUGUUUGGGUCCUCUGGAUGCAGAAGACAAGGAGGACCAACAACUCAUCAUCGCCGAUGCCAAUGCCCCACUUGUGGUUACUUCUGGCCCGGCAUUGCAUUAUCCAAACCCUCCAAACCCUUCAAAGGUUUUGUACAUUAACAAGAAAGAGGCUCCGAUGUUGAGAGUGGAACGAGGGGUGCCUGUCAAGUUUUCUAUACAAGCAGGGCACAAUGUUGCGCUCUACAUUACUUCAGACCCGCUUGGUGGGAAUGCUACCCUGAGGAAUGUGACCGAGACUAUUUAUGCAGGAGGGCCUAAAGCUCAAGGAGUUCAAGCCAGUCCCAUGGAAUUGGUUUGGCAACCAGAUAGGAAUACUCCAGACCAAGUGUAUUAUCAAUCUCUUUAUGAGCAGAAAAUGGGUUAUAGAGUGCAGGUGGUUGAUGGGGGUCUGCCUGAUAUGUAUAAUAACAGUGUUAUUUUGGAUGAUCAGCAAGUUACGUUAUUUUGGACAUUGUCAGAAAAGUCAAUAUCUAUUGCAGUUCGGGGAUUUGGCAGGGGAAUGGUAAACAGCUAUGCUUAUGUGGGUUGGAUUGAUAACAUUGGCAAAGGGCGGGUAAACACUUAUUGGAUUGAUGGAAAGGAUGCCUCAAGUGUGCAUCCAACAUUUGAGAAUUUGACUUAUGUGAGGUGCAGGUCGGAAAAUGGCAUCAUUACAUUCGAGUUCACCCGCCCCUUGAAUCCAUCAUGUGGUAAGAGUGAUAGACCGGAGUGUAGAAACAUAAUUGAUCGCACUACUCCUCUUAAAGUUAUUUGGGCAAUGGGUUCUACAUGGACAGAUGAGCAUCUAAGUGAACAAAAUAUGCAUUUUGUUACGAGCAGUAGGCCUAUUAGGGUACUUCUUAUGCGUGGUUCUGCAGAGGCGGAGCAGGAUUUACAGCCGGUAUUAGCUGUACAUGGAUUUAUGAUGUUUCUCGCUUGGGGUAUGUUGCUUCCUGGUGGAAUACUGGCGGCUAGAUACUUAAAACAUGUUAAGGGUGAUGGGUGGUACAAGAUUCAUGUUUAUUUGCAGUACUCAGGUUUGGUAAUCAUCCUACUUGCCCUUCUUUUUGCUGUUGCUGAACUUCGAGGUUUCUAUGUCAGCUCAUUGCAUGUUAAGUUUGGGAUUACUGCGAUAUUUUUGGCUUGUAUACAACCAGUGAAUGCAUUCCUAAGGCCUAAGAGACCAGCUCAUGGAGAGGAGGUUUCCUCUAAAAGGAUUCUUUGGGAGUACUUUCAUGUGAUCGGUGGAAGGUGUGCCUUUGUUGUAGGCAUUGCAGCACUGUUCAGUGGAAUGAAGCAUUUAGGAGAUAGAUAUGACGGCGAAAAUGUUCAUGGACUUAAUUGGGCUUUAAUAAUUUGGUUCUUGAUUGGUGCAUUGAUAGUUAUGUAUCUGGAAUACCGUGAAAAACAACAAAGGAGGGAUAGAAGUUUUGGAAGAAGCAAUUGGGUGCUGGGGAACCUGGAGGAAGAUGACUCUGUUGAUCUGUUGAGCCCGAACGGAGUGCAUGCAGAGAAAGAAUCACAAACUUCAGGAAGAAUGGAAGUUCAAUUAGAGCCUCUGAAUCUGAACAGAUAGAUAGGUAGAUAGAUAGUUAUUCUUUGAUAUGAAUUUCUACAUUUCACCAAUUUUGAGAGUUUUCUCACAUAUAUGGGGAAUAGAAGGCCUGUUUUGCGUGCUUAGUUGCUUCAACGGCCUUUUUGCUUUGUGAGGGAGGUUUACUCGGCGAUCACCACCCUCGGCUCCAACCAUUCAUCUUGAAGACUAUUCACCCCAUGCCAUGCACUUUGUAUACUUGAUACAUCUUUUUACACAGUAUUAUCAUUUUAUCUGUUGCCUUUUUAUCAAACAACCGAAGAGUCGGGUUACGGCGUAGCACAGUACCCUAGGACUUGUAGUUUAGAAUUCAGAUAUGUGAAAGUAAUUCUCAUGCCUUCGGAAGAAGAGUUUCUAAUGGAAAAAUGGAAGUGAUUUGCACUCACCA